AUGAAACUUACGAAGAGAGUGAAAGCUGUCACCUGGUAUCCUGGGCUGGCUCGCAGUGAGGAGGUCGAGGAGGUCAAGGGACAGCCAAAGAUUCCACACACAAUACCCAAGAAAGUGAUUUCAAAAGGGGUUCAGUAA